AUGGAGCAAAGAAGUAAUUUAUUCCGGUUCAACUUGGCGGGACUUCGGCUCCCCAAGUCGCAAAAGUUGAGGUCUGUGGGCGUGUAUCUCGCUGGAGCAUUGUAUGCAUUUGGGUUUUGGAGCAUGGUCGAUGCCGCGGUUUAUUCUAAAUCGGUAAAUGCUUCCGUUGUUCACGUAACGUUUGUAGAUUGGAUUCCGUUCAUUUGUUCGACUCUCGGCAUGUUGAUUGUGAAUUCUAUCGAGAAAUCAAACUUGUUUAGCGAUGCCAACAACUCCAAUUCUUUUAUGAAUGGAGGGGGGAACACAGCAUGGGCCGCACGAGUCAUUUUGUUUUGUGGAUUUUCCCUUCUUGCCGGAGGACUAGCCGGGUCAUUUAUGGUAUUUAUACUCAAGUUUCUUCUCAAGCAUUACGGGUUUCCAACAUUGGGGAUGGGUGUUAGUAAUGUUGUGUGCAAUGGGUGCAUUAUGUUAAGUUGCAUUGUGUUGUGGUUGUCGCAAAACAUCGAGGAUGAAUAUAGCUAUAGUUUAGCAUUGUGA